UUUUUUGCUUAACUGAUCUUUUGUAUUUUCUUUUAAACAUUACUAAUAUUGAUUAUUUUAGUUUACAAAUUAGGUUAAUUUAUUUGUUAUUCUUUUGUUUAAUCAACAAAAAAGAUUUAAAAAAUGGUAAACUUCACGGUAGACGAAAUCCGUGCUUUGAUGGACAAGCGUAAAAAUAUUCGUAACAUGUCUGUUAUUGCGCACGUCGACCACGGAAAAUCAACGCUUACCGAUUCGCUUGUUUCAAAGGCUGGAAUUAUUGCUGGAGCAAAAGCUGGGGAGACGCGUUUCACUGAUACUCGCAAAGAUGAACAAGAUCGUUGUAUUACCAUCAAAUCGACGGCCAUUUCGAUGUUCUUCGAGCUUGACAUGAAAGACUUGGAUUUCGUUAAGGGAGACAAUCAAUGCGAGAUUCAACAAGUAGAUGGAGCACCAAAGAAGUACAACGGCUUCCUUAUCAAUCUUAUUGAUUCUCCUGGACACGUUGACUUCUCUAGUGAAGUCACCGCUGCUUUACGUGUUACUGAUGGUGCUUUGGUUGUUGUGGAUUGUGUUUCAGGAGUUUGUGUGCAAACCGAAACUGUAUUACGCCAAGCAAUUGCUGAACGUAUCAAGCCUGUGCUUUUUAUGAACAAGAUGGACCGUGCGCUUCUUGAAUUACAGCUUGGACAAGAAGAACUUUACCAAACAUUCCAACGUAUUGUGGAGAACAUCAACGUUAUUAUUGCUACAUAUGGAGACGAUGACGGGCCGAUGGGACCGAUUCAAGUUGAUCCUUCUAUUGGAAAUGUUGGUUUUGGGUCAGGUCUUCACGGAUGGGCUUUUACACUCAAACAGUUUGCUGAGAUGUACGCUGACAAGUUUGGAGUUCAGGUCGACAAAUUGAUGAAGAAUUUGUGGGGCGAUCGCUUCUUCAACCUCAAAACAAAGAAGUGGACUAGCACUCAAGAACCGGACACCAAACGUGGAUUUUGUCAAUUCGUUUUGGAUCCAAUCUACAAAGUUUUUGAUUGUGUGAUGAACAUUAAGAAGGAGGAGACGACCAAACUUUGCGAAAAGUUGGGAGUUAAGCUUACGGCUGAAGAGAGGGAUUUGGAAGGGAAACCGCUUCUUAAGACAAUUAUGCGUAAAUGGCUUCCUGCUGGUGAUACUAUGCUUCAGAUGAUUUGCAUUCAUUUGCCUUCACCUGUCACUGCCCAAAAGUACCGAAUGGAAAUGCUCUAUGAAGGACCUCAUGAUGACGAAGCAGCAAUUGCUUCAAAGGCAUGUGAUCCCAACGGGCCUUUGAUGAUGUAUAUCUCAAAAAUGGUACCAACUUCUGAUAAGGGACGUUUCUAUGCUUUCGGUCGUGUUUUCUCUGGCAAGGUAGCGACUGGAAUGAAGGCUCGAAUUCAAGGACCCAACUAUGUUGUUGGUAAAAAGGAGGACCUUUAUGAGAAGACAAUUCAACGUACAAUUCUCAUGAUGGGACGUUAUAUUGAACCAAUUGAAGAUAUCCCUGCAGGAAAUAUUGCUGGACUUGUUGGUGUUGAUCAAUACCUCGUUAAGGGCGGAACAAUUACAACCUACAAGGAUGCUCACAAUUUGCGUGUUAUGAAAUUCUCUGUCUCUCCUGUUGUGCGUGUUGCUGUGGAACCGAAAAAUGCUGGGGAUUUGCCAAAAUUGGUUGAAGGUUUGAAACGUUUGGCUAAAUCUGAUCCUAUGGUGCAAUGCAUUUUUGAGGAGUCUGGAGAGCACAUUAUUGCUGGUGCUGGAGAAUUGCAUUUGGAAAUUUGUUUAAAGGAUUUGGAAGAGGACCACGCUUGCAUUCCAAUCAAAAAGUCUGAUCCAGUUGUGUCAUAUCGUGAAACGGUCACUGAGGAAUCUGAUAUUAUGUGCCUUUCAAAAUCGCCAAACAAACACAACCGUCUGUUCUGCAAAGCAAAACCAAUGGCUACUGGAUUACCUGAAGCAAUUGAGGGUGGAGAAGUCAGCCCAACUGAUGAUCCAAAAAAUCGUGCAAGAAUUCUUGCUGAAAAAUAUGAAUUUGAUGCGACUGAUGCUCGUAAAAUUUGGUGUUUUGGACCUGAAGGGACUGGAGCAAACCUUUUGGUCGACGUGACGAAAGGAGUUCAAUAUCUUAACGAAAUAAAGGAUUCGGUUGUAGCAGGAUUCCAAUGGGCAACCAAGGAAGGUGUAAUGUGUGAUGAGAAUAUGCGUGGUGUUCGUUUUGAUAUUCACGAUGUGACUCUUCACGCUGACGCAAUUCACCGUGGUGGUGGUCAAAUCAUUCCAACGGCACGUCGUGUCUUUUAUGCUUCCGUCCUUACUGCAAAACCUCGAAUACAAGAGCCCGUCUAUUUGGUUGAAAUUCAAUGUCCAGAGGCAGCCGUUGGUGGUAUCUAUGGUGUAUUAAACCGUCGCCGUGGUGUUGUCUUUGAGGAAAGCCAAAUUGCCGGAACACCAAUGUUCAUUGUUAAGGCUCAUUUGCCUGUAAAUGAAUCUUUUGGUUUUACUGCUGAUUUGCGUUCAAAUACUGGUGGGCAAGCAUUCCCACAAUGUGUGUUCGACCACUGGCAGAUUUUGCCUGGUGAUCCAUUCGAGAGCACUUCGCGUCCGGCACAAGUUGUGGCAGAAACGAGAAAACGUAAAGGACUUAAGGAAGGAAUCCCGUCGCUUGAUAAUUUCUAUGAUAAACUCUAA